AUGCGCGCCUCUCUAGCCGUUGGCGCCGUGCUCGCCGCAUCCCUCUCCUCUGUCUCCGCCCAAGCCUGCGCCCCCGGCACCGCCAAGGAGAUUGGCGGAAACUGGUACUGCUCCGCCGUCAAGUCUAUCACCUACACCAACUUCGGCUCCGAGGGCACCUACAAUGAAAUCACCUCCAUGAAUGGCGGCGCUUGCUCAUCCAAGCCAAAGGCAUAUAGCGGACCAUUGGCUCCGUUGAAUAAGGAGGUCUCCUGGCACUUCCGCGGCCCGCUCAUCCUGAAGCAAUUCGCCUUCUACUCGCCCGGUUCAGGCUCAGUCUCCGGCUCCGGCGCAGGCACCAAAUACAGCGCCCCAGCCAAACGCGAAGUGAAACCCAGCAUCCACAAGCGCCGCCACGGCCACCAACAUAAGCGCCGCGGCGACCAAUAUGUCACCGCAACCAUCGACGGCCAGGUCGUCUCCUGGCUCUACAAGGAUCAAGUUGGUGCUAACGCGGCCCCAACCCAGGCCCCAGCCGCCGCAGCUGCUGGUGAUUCCUACAAAACGACCCCUCCUAAGAAAUCUUCGCCUGUUGUUAACCCUGGCUCCGGUAAGUGGGGUCGUCAGGGUUAUUAUAAUGCGGGCUCUGGUGUCGCGGAUGGCCUUACGUUCUUGAAUCAUAACGGUGGUCAGGGAUCUGGUGUUUUUGAUUAUGAGCUUGGAAAUUCCCUCUCCUACGCCUCCGAGGACGGAUGCUCUGGUUCCGAUAGGCCCAAGGUCCUUAAGACGAAGAUGAUCCCGGACAAUAAGGAAGUUAUCAUCAUGACUGACAAGGUCUGCAAUGGCGACUGUGGUGCCGUCCGUGAAGGCACUGUUGCUUACCACGGUUUCGACGGCGACUACAAAAUCUUCCUCGUCGAAUUCUCCAUGCCCCUCACCGGCAAAACCGGGUGGAACGAAGACAUGCCCGCCGCCUGGAUCCUCAACGCCGCCAUCCCACGCACCCUCCAAUACGGCAAAGCCGACUGCUCCUGCUGGAAAUCCGGGUGCGGUGAGCUGGACAUCUUCGAAGUGCUCGAUGCAGGCAACAUGCGUGCCAAGUCCACGCUGCAUGGCAGCAUCUCUGGUGGCGAUAGCAACUACUUCACGCGCCCAACACAGGCGCCCAUCAAGCUUGCUGUCGUCUUCAACAAUGAGGGGAGAUCAGUACAUAUUAAGAUUCUGGAAGAUUCCUUUGAGUUUAAGCCGACACUUGAUGGGAAGGAUGUUGCGUCGAUUUUGGAGGAGGCUGAGAGUGCGUCGACUUUUGCGUUGAGUUGA